AUGGGACACGGAGAGAAAGAUGAAGAGUUGGUGUCCUCUUAUGAGACGCAGAUUCGCCAAUGUUUCGAUUAUUACGAGGCUCUCCUCGCAACGCAAACAAACCUAGCAGGAAAUAAUUAUACUGUCGUCGAUAUUUUCCACCUCCCCUGGAUUGCAUUUUUGGAGAAGCUGGGCAUGUGGCAUGAGGUUUAG